CGUGUCGCUGUAUCCCAAUGGCUGAGGUUCCUCCAUUAGUGGAGACAGCGUUGCGCGAUCACCGAGGAUGACCGGUCCUGGUUUCUGACUCGCUGCGAUGUGCUAUGCUAUGCUAGUCUCCAAUCUAGAUCUCAAUGGGUGAAGCCACAUACAUACUUGGCCUUCACCACCAUGCUGCUCAAACUCACUGCUACAGUGUCAUCUCAAAUCAUGAUGAAACGAGACAUACCAAGCAACGUCCACAUUCCAAUCCCCGCAGCGCAGACAUCACCAGGAAUGUGCUCAGACAGGACUAUAUAAACACAUUCAGCAUUCAUGCUAGACCAAAUUCACCCUUUCUCCCUAUUUCCCAUUACUAUUGAAUACAUUCUACUAGUAUACCCGAAUACUCUAUAGCAAUGAAGCCACCUACCAUUUUGGCCACCCUCCUCACCCUGACCCUAACUGGGCUAUCUGUGGCUGAUAAAACCUGUACCCCGAGCUUCGAUUACUGCUCGGAUGUGCUGUUGAAUGAUAAGGGCUUCUCUCAGUCUGAUCUGACAGACGCCCUCCAAGGCACCGGAUAUGAGAACCAAAACCUGACCAACAUUCUCUUCCACUGUACGAAUCCGGGCCAGGUUGGCCAUGCUAAGCUGUGUGAUAACGGGUCACCAGGCAGCCCGGGCCACGCGCGACGCCAGUUGACGGACGCGCCCGUGGGAAGUUCCCUUCUGUAUUUUCCCAUCCUUCAGUCAAGAGGCUGCGGCACUCAUUCCUGUGGAGGAUGCAAGAAACGAGGACUCGACGAACAAUGUUCCUACCGGCCCGAGGAUAUGCCUCCCGCCACCUCUUAUAAAAAAGCCAAAAUAUCUCAUUCAGAGGAUGAGAGUCGCUCUCUCUCACCUCCGAGGCAGCAAACCCUGCCACGCAAUACUUCCAAUGUUGCCCCGCGCUCGCAGAGGAAGCGUCGGCGGGAUGAGUCCUCUCCUCCCCGGCAUGAUCGAAACCAACAUGACUUGGUGGAGGUAUACUCUAUCACUUCAGAUGACAGCGACCCUCCUAACCCGUCGGGUACCGGGAUCAAUGCCCACAUCUCGCGCCUGACUUGGCUGCAGCAGGCUGUAGAUGCAAGAACAGGGCGCGUCAAGACUGAAGCUCCAUUCGAAGAUGGCAUAUUCUCGCUGCAAGAUACAGGGCCAGACUGCGUUCCUCACUCCACCAUUGCCGAAUCUCCAGCCCAACUGCCCUCAGAUCUGAUGGACAGCCUGAUCGCCACCUACCUGGCCCGCGACUACGUGAACUGGCCUAUCUUCGGCCUGUCAGACUUUCAGUCGGCCUGCGAAAAGGUCGGCGACGUGCAAGACCUCACCGCUGGGUCGAGUGGCUUUCACGCCAUACUCAUGAUGAUACUGUCUCUCUCCGGUCUGAGAUACCGCCAAGUAGAUGAAGCCUAUCUGCAGUCCCUCUUCAACCACGCCCAGAGAAUGACAAACAGCCCAGACUGGCAGAGCGCCCCUUGGGUGCGUGUGCAAUGUCUCUUCUUGCAAUGCCAGUACCUCAACGCAACAGGAAAAUCCAAACAAGCUUGGGCCCUGAUCGGCUACACCAUCCGCACCAUGCAAGCCCUAGGAUUCCAGUCCCAAACAACCGCCCGCAACGGCCGAGAAAGACAGCAGCGCGAACUCGGCCGCAGGCUCUGGCACAGCGCAAUCAUCCUGGAGCGAAUGCUAGCAUUACAGCUAGGCCUACCGCCCCAAGUCAACAACCCCCUCCAGGUGCACCUCCCCACACACCUAGACACCGACUACAUCGACACCGUCUCCGGCGGGACGCCCAACUCCAGUGGAGACCGGCCUUCAAUCAUCGAGUUCCUAAUCGCAUGCGCCAGGCUCUACACCCACGUCGAAGACAUCACUGCCUGGGAAUCCGAAGCAAGAACCCGACCAGACACCUGCGCCGCGAAGAAACUUCUCGCCCUGGACAUCUCCCCGUUUCUAAAAACAGAUGCUCUUCUCUACGACUGGCAAACAUCGCUACCCUCAUUUCUCCGCACCGAUGAGACCUUCGAACUAGCGGACGACCCCAUUGUCCGCCGACAACGUCACACCCUGCACGCCCGCUACCUCUAUCUCCGACUGCGACUCUACCGACCCCUCCUAGCUCUUGGCCUCGCCCUCUCCGCCAAGUGCCCCUGCCGCUCUAAAAAGCACCCUCACAUGUCAGAGACUGAUCCUUCAUCGUCCAUAAAUUCUCCGAUCUUAGUAACUAUCGUCCGCGACACCUCCCUCAAAUGCGCCGCCGUUGCCGCAGACCUCGUCGACCUGAUCGAAGAAACCGAGGACUGGCUGCUCGACGGCGGGCCGGAUGAUACCUGGCGCGGCGCAGGCUCGCCCUACUGGGAGAACGUGGAGUAUCUGUAUGCCUGUGGGAUUGUCAUUCUGGCUACGCGGCUGUGUCCUAGUUCGGGCGUGGCGCCGCUGAAGAGGGCCUGGACGAGGGUUAUCUCCAUGUUGACGAAGUAUGAAGGGUUCCGGGCUGGGGAGUAUACUCGUCUUGCGAGGUUGGGAAGAAGCACGCUUGAGAAUUUGGCGGGUGCGUUGCAGCGGGAUGUGGGGGAUGCGAUGGUGACGGGGUUGGACGGGGAGGUGAGGACGAGGUUGGUGGGGAGGACGAGUGGCGGUGCUGUGGAUUCGCUUGGGGGAGAACGUAGGCAGAGUCAGAGUCAACUGGGAAAUUUGUGUUGGGUUGAGAGUUUGUUGGUUGAUUUGCUAGGAGUAUAUGUCCGGCCCAAUUCCCCGAACAAAACUCAUAUUAGCACUACUAUAGUUUACUUACUAUUUCAAUUCAAGAUUCCCACGAGCUCCUCCUAUAUAUUUAUAUAUAUACACAAUCCUAGACAGCUGUCUCCAGCUACUGCUUCUUCUCCGCCUCGUCGAUCAAUGUCUCCAUCUCCUGCUCCGUCCACCGAUGAAACAGCUUCUUCGGAUCCGACAACGACGCGUCACUCUGGACCGACUGGACGUGUAGCACGGGAACAUCAAAAUCGUAGACAUCCUUCCAAGACUUAUUGCUCGGGAGCUGGAUAUCCAACUCGGUGUAAUCGAAGGGACGACGCUUGUGCAGCUUCGUGACGGUGAGUUUGGCGGUGUCGCAGAGGCCGCAAUUGGCGCGGGUGAAGAGAGUGACGCGAGCAGCGGCGAGACGGGCGGCGGUGGGGAGCAUGUUGCUGUACAAUCGGUAAUUUCAGAUGAUAAUUGGAAGUCAAAGUUGAAGUAAACCAAUUAAGAUAAGAGUAUAGAACUUGUAGAUGGAAUCGCGGGGAAGAGCAAGAAU